AUGUCCGGCGACGGGUCCAUCGUGAAGGCCGACAAGGACUUCACCAAGGAGGUCGAUGCUGCCAUCCCAGACGCUGAGAAGAUUGCACAGAAUGGACAAACACAACAGGCGAUAGAGAAGCUCCUCCCGCUUGAGAAGCAAACGAGACAAUCCAGCGAUCUCCCCUCCACCUCACGCAUCCUCGUUGCCGUCGUCACCAUAGCCAAGAAUGCCGGAGACUGGUCAUUACUCAAUGAGCAGGUGCAGCUGCUCAGCAAGAAGCAUGGACAGCUCAAGCAGGCCAUCACCAAGAUGGUGCAAGUAGUCAUGAGCUUUCUGGACGAUACACCCAAUCUCGAGACCAAGCUGAGCGUCAUCGAGACGUUGCGGACAGUCACCGAGGGCAAGAUCUUUGUCGAAGUCGAGCGAGCCCGUGUGACGCGGAUACUGUCCAACAUCAAGCGAUCUCAAAGCGAUGUCACAUCUGCAAAGGACAUUCUUUGCGAGCUUCAGGUCGAGACUUUCGGCUCGAUGACGCGAAGAGAGAAGACGGAAUUCAUCCUCGAACAAGUGUCGCUCUGCAUUGAGGACGGUGACUGGACGCAGGCUGGCAUUCUGGCACGAAAGAUCAGCACCCGCUACUUCGCACGCAAGCCCAAGAAGAGCGCCGAGGAAUUGGAGAAGGCGCGGAAAGAGAAGGAAGAGCGAGAGCGGAUGCGGUCAGAUGGCACGAUUGGCGAGGAAGAGCCCGAAGACGACGAUGUGACCGAUCUCAAGCUUCGCUACUACGAGCAACAGAUCACACUCGCCAAACACGAGGACAAGUACCUCGAUGCUUGCAAGCACUACCGACAAGUAUUGGAUACGCAGGCCGUGGAGGACGAUUCCGAUAAGCUACGGGCGGCUCUCCAGCGGGUGAUCUACUUCGUCCUCCUCGCACCCUACGACAACGAGCAAUCUGACCUCCUCCACCGCAUCGCCCAAGACAGUCGCAUCAGCUCGUCCUGUCCGACCGAAGGCCAACUUCUCAAACUCUUCACCGUCCCCGAGCUCAUGCGUUGGCCCGCGAUCGAAUCGAAUUAUGGCGCCCAGCUCGACAGCACCGACAUCUUCUCGAAGGCCGAAUCGCCAAAAGACCCCAAGGCUCACCAGCGCUGGCUCGACUUCCGCAAGCGUGUUAUUGAGCACAACGUCCGUGUCAUCGCCAAGUACUACACGCGCGUCCACUUCUCGAGGCUCACGCAGCUUCUCGACCUGCCAGCGCAAGAGACGGAGAAAUAUAUCUCGGAUUUGGUAGUCAACAAGACCAUCUACGCCCGCAUCGACCGGCCGGCGCAAAUCGUCAGCUUCGAGAAGAAGCGUGAUGCGGAUGAGGUCCUGAACGAGUGGAGCGGGAACAUGAAGUCUUUGCUGGGCCUGCUGGAGCGGAUCGAUCAUCUGAUCACCAAAGAGGAGAUGAUGGCGAGAAUCCAGCCUGUCAACGAGAAGGCCUCGACCAAGGCGAGCACCAAAGCUUAG